AACCAUUGUGGUUGACGUCCGCCGUCUAGUCCCUGCCACUAAAACCAGGAAUUACUCCGCCUCAGAAGAACAGUUUGUAAAGGUGUCUUUCUCGUGUCUGACAAUGUCCGCCAAAGCCUGUCCAGAAACUGUUGAACACUCCGUCCAACUCAAGUUCUUCUCCGCCGUGUUUUACGCCGGCAGCUCGUUUCUCAUCACGGUGGUGAAUAAAACAGUGCUGACCAGUUUCAGGUUUCCCUCCUACAUGUGUCUGGGAAUUGGUCAGAUGAUCACCACUCUUGUUGUCCUUUAUGCUGCCAAAACGAGCAAAGCAAUCCAGUUUCAAGAUUUUGACAGAACUGUACUCUUAAAAAUGUUCCCUCUUCCUUUGCUGUAUGUUGGGAACCAUAUAACGGGACUGGCGAGCACCAAAAAACUAAGUUUACCCAUGUUUACAGUGUUACGGAAAUUCACCAUAUUGAUGACAAUGAUCUUGGAGGUCUAUAUACUAAGAAAAACGUUUUCUAAGCGCCUUGUGUACAGUGUCGCAGCCAUAGUUCUUGGUGCCAUGGUUGCUGCAAGUUCUGACCUGGCCUUCGAUGUGGAGGGAUAUACUUUCAUCCUGCUCAAUGAUGCCUUCACUGCCGCCAGCAGUGUGUACACCAAGAAGAAACUUGGCACUGAGGGCCUUGGGAAAUAUGGUGUCUUAUUUUACAAUGCACUCAUCAUUAUCAUCCCCACUCUCAUGGCAAGUGCAUUUACUGGAGAUUUACACAAGGCAGUAGCAUAUGAGGACUGGGUUAAAGCCACAUUUAUUAUGUGUUUCCUCGUGUCCUGCUUCAUGGGGUUUGUGCUGAUGUACUCCAUAGUCCUGUGCAGCUAUUAUAACUCAGCACUUACUACCACAGUAGUGGGAGCAAUAAAGAAUGUUGCAGUAGCCUAUAUUGGCAUCUUUGUGGGUGGAGACUACCUGUUCUCUUGGGCUAACUUCCUUGGACUCAGUAUAUGCAUGUCAGGUGGACUAGCAUACUCAUAUUUCACCUUUAACACCACCUCAUCGAGAAGUAGCACAGCAGGAGAAAAGGAGCUGAAGAUUCACAUUACAGAAGAUUCAACAGGGAAGUACUAACUUAAUGGACAAUAUUUUAGCAUUCACCACUUGGUGGCAUUGUUCUGCUCCAUAUUGGAGCAUAGUAUUGCUUCUACACUUUUAUUUUAUAUUAAUUUAAAGGUUCCAUAUGUAACAUGGUAACAUAUGGUAUAUGUGUACCAUUGUUAGUAAUGACACCGGUGGCCAUUAUUUAAACUGCAGCCAGCAACCUGAUAUAAAUCCACAGGCAACUGUGAUAGUCAGGGGGAAGGCCUCAUUUUUUAAGUUCUGUUACAAGAUGUUAACUUAUUGCAAUAAAAAGUUAAUACAUAAAAAUAAUAUGUACAAUGCUUCAGAAUACUACAUAUGGAACCUUGUUUUAUCAAUGUAUUCAUUUCCCCUGGAUACAUUGCUGGUGCUACCUUUUUAAUUUCACUUAUAAAUCGUGACUAAAUAAAUUGACAAGGACACAUAAAUUCUGGGUCAAGUUCAGUGAAUGUUUAUUUUAGACCAACAAUUAUAUAACAGUGUGGACAACCUGUCAGAGAAAUCUUACCUUUUGAAAUGUGUAAUAAAAUGUCUACCAAGCAAGCUCUAUACAUGUCACAAACUGUUGGAGGAUGUUAGCAGAGGGGAAAACUGAAACUAAAAUGACUGAAACGUCAAAGCGCUCCACAUAUUGUGCACACUCAAUACUCUAACAAACACAAUGUGUAUAUAUUAAAUGCCAUACUCUUCUCGAACCACAAAUAGACUACGGGUUAGAAAGUCUUAAAAAUAUACUAUAAUUGGGUAAAAUAAAUCAUUUGGUGUUUUGAUUAUCAACAAUUCACUUGCCUUCCAGUUUCACAACUCCUCGUGGGUAAUUUGUAAAUCAGACAGAUUCAAACAUCACAGCUAGAGUGAUGGAGUGACUGGUUGUUGGUGUGGGUUUUUACCAAAACAACCAGACAGGGCAGUUAUGAGAGGCUUCAUACAGUGUUCAAGGAUGUAGUGUUAUUUAAAAAAAGAGGAAAUAAAGAAAAGAAACACCCAGCACUACACAAAUCAGUUUUUGAAACAAGUGCCAUUUUCCUGGACACGUAUGACAAAUUUAAUCUUCAGUGCAUUGCAAGCUCAAUCCAAGACUUAAUGGGGGGGUGUAAGUGCUUUAUCAAAAUUGAUGGGAUGUUUAAAUGUAUUUGGCAUAUUCUAAAUUGAUUUUAGGUUUUUUAAAUCGUGAUGCCAGAAUAUUUGACAUCAAAUGAUUCCAGGGCUCUCGAACAGUUGAACAAAAUGUUAAUAAAAAAAAAAUAUGGUGAAAUAAAUAUCACAUAAUUUAACCUUUGAAGUGAGAUGAAGCACCACACACCAUCCAUGAUGCUAUGCCCGUAUCAUAACUGGUCUGCCACCUUUUAAUAUAAAAGGUGACUGAUAUCCAUUGUAGAAAAAAAAAACAAGUCCCAUCUGGUUGGAAAACAACUUUAGGCCUUAGACACAGAAAAAACGGCUGUUAAAAUGGAAAUAUGGCAUAUUUUUUAAAGGUACUCUGAACCUUUGAACCAAGUAUUGUAGAAUAUUAGUUGUAAUACUUUUGUAGCUAAAUCCAGCAGGCAGUAUAGUGGGCUAGAGGUGGACUUCCUGCACACCUCUGGUAAUGUCAUGCAGAUAUAAUGUGUAUGUAAUGGGAAAAAAAAGCUGUCAAAGUUUGGAUUUUUUUUUUUUUUCAGUCUUGUGCUUAACCAGACCUCUGGAUUAGGCUUGCAAUGAUCACCUCUCACUCGCAUAUAAAAAAUGACCAUACCAUUACACGCCAUGCAGAUCCAGCCCCCUUGACUUUUCUCCUUUUUUUUUUUUUUUGUCCACCUAUGCAUACAUCUUGGAGAGUGCUCUAUAAGUGAGAAUUAACCAAUCCUCUCUCAGUCCGUUUCUACCACCACUGGCAGUUAAAGUAUGCUUACAAUGCUGAAGAUGAAACCUGGGAGCAUGAUGAGAGGCCAUCUGACAGUUGGAACGCAACUUAACAUUUCCUAUGUUUGACCACACCCUGUAUCAUUCUGUCCAUCUGAGCUUAAACCAUAUAUACAUCAGUCAUACACACUCUGUUACACUCAACACAACAUACUUAAAAAAAAACUCGUUACCAUCAAAGUGCAAACAAAACAAAUUAAAACAAACUCUUUCUCUGCCUUUAGAAGACAGGAGAAAGAAAGACAUUCUUCAUAUUGUCAAAUCUACAAUUAUAGCAGCCUAAAAGGAUAAAAUGGAAGCUGAAUAAGGUGCUUUAGCUUGUGCCUUCCUGGUGCUGUGAGGGGUUAAAUAGAUGAUGCUUGUGCAUAAUACUGAUCUCAGGCCAAUUCAGCUCUUUCUCAAAGUCUGGUUUUACAACUUGAUAGGAUAAACUAAACUAGUCAUUGAUCUGCAUUUUUGAACAAUUUCUAGCUACAGCACAUACUGCAGGAAGGCGGAUGGAGGUAUGAGGGACAGGGAAUGGGAGUCCAGGAUCAGGACGUGGGUAGGUGUUUAGGCAGACAGGUUGUUGGCCAGCUCAAUGAGAGCCAGAGCGCCGUGGAGACGCUCUCGUUGCUCCUGGAGGCGGCGCUUGGCGGCUCCUCCUCCUCCCUGGCUGCCCUUCUCCUCCUCAGCGGCCUCUUCCUCUUCUUCGGACUGGAGAAACUCCAUGGGAUCCUGCUGCUCCUGGUCCUCUGCUCUCGCCUUGCCCUGUGGCUUCACCUUGGUGGUUGUAGGGGCACGCUGUUCACGGGUUUGCCAGUACCUGCAAGGACAUGAGAGUAUAUUAACAUACAAUCUACGCAGAAAAGUUCUACUAUGCAAAACAGGUCAUUCCUGCUCAGUCUACCUGUUAAGAGCACUGGUGUGUGCAGUCUUGUGUAUUCACUUACUUUGCCAGCCACUCUGCAACAGCCUUGUUAUCCACAGACUGGGCCUUCUCCAGGCCGUCCUUUGGUUCCUCUCUCUUCAGACGGGAGUAAGGGUGCUUGGGGCAGUGGCGGUUGGCAUGUGUGAACCGAUUGCCACAUCCUGCAGAGAAAGCAUCAGGUAUAAAUAGAUGCACUAAGCCACUAAAGGUUAUGUUCAUCUGUUAUUUUAAAAAGAAAGAAUGGAUCUGUUUUUUUUUUUAUCAGUAAAUAAUGUCUUGAUUUUUUGUUGUCAAUAAAAAUGUUUUUAAUCUUC